UGAAUAGUGCUGGUAAAAUUAGCAAACUCUUCGGUUCCAAAUCCAGUGACUUCGAAAACGAGGCACUCGAAGUACACAACGAGUAUCGACGAGAACAUGGCGUGGAACCUCUCAUUUUGAACAAAGAAAUCAGUAAGGUCAGCCAAAAAUGGGCUGAAGAGUUAGCGAAAAGAGACCAAAUGGAAUACAGCCACAAUAAAAACUACGGCGAAAACAUCUAUUGUGGCUGGACAACUGAUACGAACACAAAAAUAAAAGCCAGAGAUUGUGUGGACAGAUGGUACAGUGAAAUCAGUCAAUUCUCAUUUGGUAGAGAACCGGAAGUAUUAAAAUGCGGUCAUUUCACACAAAUAGUCUGGAAGACUACCAAAGAAUUGGGUAUAGGAAGUGCCAAGAGCAAGUCUGGUAAGCUGUAUGUUGUCGCCCACUAUCAUCCACCAGGCAAUUUCAGUAAUCAAUUUGCUAAAAACGUACCACCGCCCGGCGCUUUACAGUUUAGAAAAACAAAUAAUUCUGAAGCACCCAAAGGAUCGAACAAUAAUGUACCAGCUACAUCUCCUCCACAGCGAAAUAGUAAGAAUAUCAGUGAAAUAGCAUCAGAUUUGGUGAACAAAUUUAAAUCGACGUCCAUAUCUGGAGAGAAAUUCGAAGAAGAGUUUCUGAAAGCGCAUAAUGAGUAUAGGAAAAAUCAUGGCGUACCACCUGUGAAAUUGAAUAAGAAGCUAUGCAAAUACGCGGAAGAGUGGGCCAAAACACUGGUAAAGAAAGGCAAAAUGGAACACAGGGACCAAGACGAGUACGGUGAGAAUAUAUUUUACGCUUGGUCUUCUAAUCCAAACUUUGAAAUAACUGGAAAGGAUCCCGUAGACAAAUGGUACAGUGAAAUAAAAGAUCAUAAAUUUGGCAAAGAACCUACCAAUUUAGGAACGGGUCAUUUUACUCAGGUUAUCUGGGAGGAUACACAAGAGAUCGGUGUCGGUAUGGCGAGGUCCAAAGAAGGUCAAAUUUACGUAGUAGGGAAUUAUUACCCACCUGGAAAUAUUGUUGGCAGUUUUGCCCAAAAAGUACGUCCGCCUAUUAAUUAAAGUUUCUUAAUAACAAUAUAGGUAUUAGGUUUAAUAACUAUUUAUUCAAUAGCCAAAGAUACAUUCCAAAUAGGUAGUUGCUUCCUUAUUUUUACACAUUUAUUUAUUUCUGUUGUAAAUAGGGUUAGAAAAAAAUAUAUAAGUUAUAUGUUUUUA